UAACUUUCACGGAAAUCACCUGUAAAUUUAUAUUUCAAUUAACCGCUACGAUAAAUAUUCAAAAAAAAAAAAAUUUUAAUUAUGCUAUAAAAGCUUAAGCAGCUGCAAGUGUUAUUAAUUGUGUAGUGCAAGCAAGAAAAAGCUUCAAUUUCGGUGUGUAAAUUGUAAAAAUGUCUUGGGUGCAAAGUAAUGCACCACCCCCUACGCUGCCACAGCAGCAGUCGCAACACUCCUAUCCACAACAACAGAAACAUCUAAUUCCACCAGUGGCUCAGCAGCAGCAGCCGCCGCUAAAUUUACAACAACAGCAACAGCAUUUAGCAACACAAUCGCAUGCACAACCAAACACCGUUGCUGCAACAAAUGCUUACACGAAUCCGGCACCACCCCUUCCAUCCAAUUUGGCUUCCACCACUAGCGCUUAUAUGAGCAAACCGAUAAACGUUAACAAUAACAUACAUCAGUCGCAACAGCAUAACUCUAUGCGCUCACAAAUGCAUGCCAACGGUGGUACACACCAGCAACCGCAGCAGCCUGGUAACUUUAGCGUACAACAGCAGCAGCAGCAGCCAUCAGUCGCAGCGAACGCCUGGCAGCAACAGCCUUACGCGCCACCAAACAAAAUGAUGCAAUCGAAUGCUGCCGCCGCGAACAAAAAUUGGCCACAACAACAACAGCAGCAGCAAACACAAAAUGCCAGCAAUUUAUAUCCACAGCCGCAGCAACAACAAACAACUGCACCGCAUAAUAUCUGGCAACCACCAGAUCUGCCAACGGCUAAUAACGUGCCACCGCAACAGCAGCAGCAGCAAGCAUAUCCACAUCCAACCACAUACGACAAUUAUUUCACAGCAAACCACAACCAAGGGACACAGCAGCAGCCACCUGCACAGACGUCACAAUAUCAACAGCCGCCACAGCAAGUAGCGCCUGACGCGGCCAACUAUUUUCACUAUCAGCAGCAGCAGCCAACACAAAUGCCACAGCCGCCGCCGCCACAACAACCAGCCGCUGCUGAACUGUUCGACAAUAGCAAUGCGAACAACAGAAGCGAUGGCUGGGGCGACUGGGACUGGAAUGAUAAUGGCAACGUGGUUGGAGGUGAAGUGGAUCAAACGCCAGCUGGGCAGCAGGCGUCGACCUCGACGCAAUUACCCAUACAUAAGCCGGCGGUACAACAGCAGGUACCGCCGCUCAAUGCAUUUGACGCGCAGCCUACGAAUUACAAUGCGCCCAAUGUAAUCGAGGAAAGUUUUGGUGCGCAGUCGAACGACAACUGGAGUUGGAAUAUUGGCGAUGACGUCAAUGCGAACGCGCACAGCACAGGCGUCGAGAACGAAUCUGCAACAAUAACACCUCAAGUGCCAACUACAAAUAAUCGUCAAGCGGCACAAGUGCCGCGGCAAGUUGCGAGCAGCGUUCAAGUGCCACAACAGAAAGCCGCAGAAUAUGCCGUGACCGAUGCGAAUGAUGUGAGAGCUGCAGCGGCAACAGCAGCAGCAGCGAAUGUGGGUAAACCCGCUUCACUUCCGCUCUCCGAAACGACUAAUGAAAACUACAAUACCACAGCGCCUACGCACGCGGCGCCACCUAGCGCUGCACCCCCAGCUGCAGUUGGUGUUGGCAGCAACAUUCCAAACUCCGUUUAUGUGUCACAAGCAAAACCAGUUUCGCGUCCUUCACGCCAAUACGCUUCGCCACCAGGCGUUGCCAGCCCGACCAGUGAGCCAUUGGAUAAUGCUUUAACACCGCCACAGGCAUUCCAAAAUGAAGUAGUCCCGAUACAGCCCGAAAUCAUGCCACCCACAGCCCCACCUGCCGGCGUCGCCACUAUCGGUCUACCACUGCAAAACCCACCCCCUGCUUUGUCAUCACCAAGUAAUUUGCCUCCACCACCCGGCGCUACCGCCACUGCGGGUAAUCCUUUCAAACGUGCUGGCGCAGCGCAACAUCACCGCGGCGUCAAUAUCGCAGCGCCACCUACUGCCCCGCAGCAAAUCACAGCUGGCGCUGUAGCUAACGCUUUUGCUGUGCCACCGCCGCCCGCAGAUUUUGCCAAUCCACUACUCAAUCAUUUGGAACCGGAUAAUUCGGAAAUCUUGCAUGAAAAUCAAGAAGUGUUGGGCACUGCUUUGCCAAUACCGCCAACAUCGUUGUUGCUGCCCACCACACAAACUAUUGUUUUGCCGGGCGCAGCAGCGGCAGAGGCGCCUCCACCGCCACCGCCUAAUGAUGAGCGCAAUCAGUACUUGCAGACAAGCCCACUUUCGGAGAAUCCCGAUGAGGAGUUGAAUUUGGAGGCCGACAGUCUACCGCCGCCAGGAUUAUCGCGCCUGGUGUUGGGGCAGCCGGAACUACUAGAAGCCACACAGCGCAUGGUGACCGGUACGGAGGAGCCGGCCAAUAUGCAUAUGGACGAGCGGCACGCCGAUGGGGAGGACACAUCUUUGGAGCAGGUGCCAGCGGUAACGCUGCUCAAUGCGUCGCAGCGUGGCGCUUUGGGCAAUGCCACCAAUUUAACAGCAACUAGCACGCCAAACAACAAUAGCAACACCAUUGAUAUAACCACAGACCGCAAUCUAUAUUUGGUACCUGGUGAGAGCAACAUCAGCAACGAGCAACGCGUCGUUACUGGCGUUGAACGCUCGCCGGAGAGUAAUGCGCCGGCGCCACCGCCACAAAUCGCCAGUGGCCAACGCGAGAUCGAACUGGACGGCGAGAACUUGGAGGACCAACAACAGGAGCAACAGCACCAGCAGCAACAACCACCGCUACUCACGGUAAACAGUCGUGACGAGCCGCCUUUAGAGGGCGCUGCUGCUACCAACGAGCCUUCACCGCCAACGGUUGAUGAGAGUCAGGACGUACAUCAUCAUCAUCAUGUACAACAUCACCAUCAUCAUCAUCAUUCGACGAAAUCAAAGGAGCUAUCCAAUGCCUCGACGGGAAAUGAUGAAAGCGAUCCAUUGCCGGAGCAUCAGCAUCAUCACCACGCCACACGUCACACUGGCGCCGGCAGCAAUAAGUCGCGCAAGCAUUCAAUCGGCGAGUUGGAGCGCAAAGUGCCUGAUCGUCAACAGCGCCGCGACAAACAACGUAACUCCGCCGAUCGCUACGAGAGCGAUGAUUUCGAGGGCUCCGAACCCUACUCAAGUGAUCGUGAACGCGAACGCGAGCGUGACCGUCGUCGCGGCUAUCGUGAGGGUAGCGUGCGCAGUGAUCGCGAACGUGAAGAGCGUGAUUAUGGCAAGGAUAAGAGGCGACGCGCUGGCGAACGCGCAGAUAAGCGCGACGAACGUGACAAGUUACGCGAUAAGUAUUAUACACGUGAUAAUGGCAAAUCGGAUACGUUGCGUCGCAGUGGUCGUUACAAUCGUCAAUAUGACGACGAUGUGGAGGAUGUGAGCGCGCGACGCAAAGAGCAAUCGCGUCGCGGCGGCGCGCGUCAUCACAAUGAUGAACGCGCCGGACGCAGUGACCGUAGCGAGCGCGACUACGAUGACUACAAUCGUCGUCCACGUGGCGCGCCCAAACGCGGCGAAAAAAUCCAUGACGAGGGGCGCGAUGUGCGCCGCAGCAACUAUGUGGAUGAUGAGCGUCGUGAGCAGCGGCGUACACGUCGCGAUCGUGGCAGUGAUUACGAUACAAUUGAGCGCCGUCAUCGCGGCGCCGGCGGCGACAAAUCAAUGCGUGGUGAACGCGCCGAUCUGCGCGAAUACGAAGAGUAUCGCAAGCAAAGCUCACGCAAUGCACGUGAUAGUGAUUUAGAGAAAGAGCGCGCACGCUACGAUCCACGCCAUGCCGCCAUGUAUGGCUAUCCACCGGGCGCGUAUGGUUAUGAUCCCUACGCUACAUAUUACUAUGAGCAAAUGGCGCGCACCAAUCCGCAGGCAUAUUCGGAGUGGUAUAAGAAAUAUUAUGGGCAUGCAGCCGCUGCAACGGCAUCUAGUUUGAGUGCACAUGCCGCAGCAGGUGGAGACCAUGUUAGCUUAAAUAGCAGCUCGUUGGCCGCUGUCACGGCGGAUGGGCGUGAGUCGGUGCACUCGGGGCGCAGUUCGGUGCAAAACGAAAAUGAUCGGUAUACACAAGCAUACAUUUCACAAGCCAAUGAAUACCAUCGUCAUUUGCAACAGCGACAACUGCAUUCGCAACAACAACAACAGCAACAACAUAUGAUUUACAGUCAACAGCAUACGAAUAUGUCACUCAACUCUACAACGCUAGACGACUUUACGGGCAGCAUGUACGGAACCGCUGGCGAGGCAUUACGCGCUGCGCGCUCCACAAGCAAUCUGUCACAAAUUGGCAGCGGCAUUAGUGCCAUAACGGGCGGCGGCGUCGGUGGCGUUAGUUUAACAGCAUACUACGCUGGUGUCGGCGGUGUUGGCGCGGCCUAUUAUGCGCGUUCCGAUUACGCGGAGUCCAGAUCGGGUCAUCUGUCAUUACGCGAUGCCGAAGCCAUCGCCGAACCUGAUCCACAACGACUCACACCACGUAAAUUCGUUAACGAGCACUCAAUCGUUUCACUGUCGGCCGGCAUACUCGUUACCGUUAAACCGAAGUACACUUCACAUGGCGCCAUUAGUAAUAUUGUGAAGUUGCAGCGCUUAGGUGCCAACGAUGCAACACGCCAACUCUUCCAGACCUAUCCGGGACCAUUGGUGCGUGGCCUCACACACAAGAAGACCAUUAUUGAAUUCUGCGAGGAGCAAAUACGUUUGGGUCCCAUGGAGACCACCAUCUACGCCAAGCAGCUGGUGUCCAAUAAUAUUGAGAAAUAUCGUGGCUCCUAUACGUUGAUGUGGAACCUGCUGAUCUUGUUGUUGCGUCAAAAUGGCAUGGUCGUUGGCACGGAUAUUGCGGAAUUACUCUUGAAAAAUCAACAACAAUUCCCCUAUCAAAUCGAGCACACUGACGGUGGCGACUCAUCGGCACUCAGUGGUGAUGAGGCAGAUGAACAGCAAGCACCAGCAACCGACUCCGCUGUUGCAGAACAGAAUAAUACCGAACUUGACUCGGGUAACGAAGCUGAAAGCGUUACUAAUUCGAGCAAACAAGCACCCAAAUCCACCACAACCAUCAGCAAUAUACCAGUGCUCAACGAUGAUGAGAUAACCGAAAAGUUCCGUAACUAUUUGCUGUAUGGCAAUGUGAAUGAGGCGCUCGACUGGGCCACCGAUAACAAUUUGUGGGGUCAUGCGCUCUUUCUAGCCUCCAAAGUGGAUCGGCGUUCACACGCCAAUGUCAUGACGAAGUUCGCCAACAAGUUGUCACUUAACGAUCCACUGCAAACGCUCUAUCAGCUGAUGAGCGGCCGCCAGCCGUCUAGCGUGACUAGUGUACAGGACGAGAAAUGGGGCGAUUGGCGUCCACAUCUUUCGAUGAUACUCUCAAAUACAUCACAAAAGCCUGAAUUAGAUCGUAAGUCGAUAACAACGCUUGGUGAUUCGUUGCUCAAUCGUGGUGAUUUAUUUGCGGCGCACUUCUGUUACCUAAUGGCGCAAGUGGGUUUCGGGCGCUACCAAGAGUGCGCUACACUGGAGAACACACUGCAACAGCAUUUGCCCAAGCUCGUUUUGCUUGGCUCAUCACAUUAUAAAUACUUCAACGACUUCGCCGCCAACGAAGCCAUCAUGAUGACCGAGAUAUAUGAGUAUGCCUGUUCAUUGAAUGAUGAUAAAUUCUCGCUAGUCGAGUUUCAGCCUUAUAAAUAUUUGCUGGCCACACGCCUGUUGGAUUAUGGCUAUAAUUUACGUAGUCUUAUGUAUUUCGAACAAAUCGCGCUGCACAUACAACGCGAUCCGUGCAAAUACGAACCAAGCUUCAUUAAUAAGAUUUACGACUUUGCCGAUCGUCUCAAAUACUACGACCCAGUGCUGGAACGCUCCAUGGACGAUCAACAACACCAUACUGAGGGUGGAUUAAAUAGUCAGUUGCCGAAUUUUGAGGAGCAAAAGUGGUUGCAAGACUUGCGCGCCCUGGCAGUGCAACAUAAGAACGAAUAUACCAGCCCUGCUGCACCGGUGUAUGGACAAAUUGCCGAUACACAGAGUCAAAUCGAUCAACAAUUUGUCGAGAUAAAUAAACAAUUUAAUGAGCUGAAUUUGCAAUAUCAAGGUCUCGGCAACGUCGAACAAACGCCUACCCCUUACAAUCCAGACACCAUGCAACAGCAGCAACAACAACCACAUAAUGAUAUAGCUGCUGAGCAUUAUAAUCAGCAACAAACAGCAGUGGCUGGCGACUAUAAUAGUCAACAACCGAGCCUAGAUUCACAAGCUCCGAAUCACGUGGCUGGCGAUGCAUCAUAUGCUUAUUACAAUCAACAGCAACAGUAUAUGCAGUCAAUAGAUGCGCAGCAGCAGCCACCGCAACAACAGGAACCUCACUCUAUUCCUUACUAUGAUCCCACACAACAACAGCAACAUUAUCAAGGUUAUGGCGCAGAAGCGGUGGAUGCGCAAAAUAAUGCUGCCGCUUAUGAUUACUGGGCACAAGAAAAUCAACAACAACAGCAAACACAACAUGCCGGUUAUGGCGACGAGCACGCCGCAAAUGAUGAUGAGCCCGCUAUUGGGAUAACAAAAACAACACUUAAGGAUACAGCAAAAAACGUGGAAGCCUAUCUAAAUAAUGAUGAUAUGCUGGCAUUGAAGCAAAUGCCACUUCAAGCAAAGUCACAAACAACUACAACAUAUAAAACUACUUUGGAGAGUUUACGAAAAUUACAACAACCGAAAGACAAACCCUUGGAAAUCACCGCUGCAGCAGCCAAAUUAUAUAAUAGCUAUGAUGGACCGCAAACGCGUGUCGCAAAAAAGGCCAACACCAAUCACAACAACAACAACAACAAUGCGAAACAGCAACAACACGCAGCUACUUUGACCACAUCGUUCCUCAGCGUGCCGCCAGAUAAUGCGCGGCCCAUCAUAUCCAUGCCGAAAUCGAAAAUUUAUGAUGCGGAAGAUGAUAAGCAGCAGCAGCAGAAGGCGAAUGCCAACGAUGUCGGCAAAAAACUGAGUGAGCAGAAGGGUGGUAAAAGUGAGGCUGGCAAGGAGACGCAAAAAAGCUCCCAGCUAGGUAAUCAAAAUUCCGGCUGGUUCGGCGGCAUUUGGAACAAGCUUUCACUGAAGCCCAAAAAUCAAAUGAUCUUGCCCGACGAUAAGAAUCCCAGCAUAGUUUGGGAUCCGGAAAAGAAAAAAUGGGUAAAUACAGAUGGUGACGAAGCGGCCGAAGAAAGCUUCAAGCCGCCACCAAAAAUGAGCGAUAUAAUGGCACAAGCGCCACCAGCAAUGGGUGCGUCCAAUGUGCCAACUGCGUCACAGCCGUAUCCACAAUCACAACCGCAACAACAACAACAACAACUGCAAGCUCAGCCACCACAGCAACAGCCCUCACCAUUGCUCGACACACAACAGUAUGCUGCGCCCACACAAUCAUCAGCCCCUGCCGUCUCACCAGCGCCCGUCUCCGGCUACAGUGCGCAUGCGUUGACCGGUACCGAUGCGGCAGGCGCAACUAAAACGCCCAGUUUGCAGUCGAAUAUGUUCAAAAUGCAACGCAAUCGAACCUUGAAGAAUUCUUACGUCGAUGUGUUCAAUCCCUCAGGUGCCCCUAUGAAGGCGGUGGAAAAUGUGCUGGCUCCGGCCUUGCCCCCGGCUGCAGUGCCGCAAAGUGGUUUCUUUAUACCGGGUCCGGCGCCAGUGGCCGCUGCGGGCGACAAUAAUGAUGCUGGCGCCUAUCAGCAGCAGCAACAACAACAAAUGCCGCAACAAGAUGUGCCACAAUUCUACAAUCCAAAUCAAUUCAGCGGUGGUGCUUAUUAGAUAAGACAGUCAAACCUUCACUCACACACACAUAAACACAUACCAACUAAGCAGUGGGAAUAAAAUAGUCAUACUCUUUUACAAUUAGCUACAGUUAAUUAACUAGUUAAAUUUUAACAAAAAAAAAGUUAUUCAAUUGAAGAAAAAUAGUAAAAUCGAAAAACGGUAUAAAAACAACAACAAAUUAGAAAACGACAUAAAUCAAUGAGUAAAUUAAUAGACUGCUGGCGUGAGGCGCGUGUGGUCAGUGGCGAGCUGUGUGUGUGGCAGUAGCGUUUUAGUACACUAGGCAAACGAAAUAAUGACGAAAAUGAAAUGUAAAAAGAAAGUAAAAUAAUUAAAUAUAAUAUAUGUAUGUGUUUGAAAACAACUGUAAAUCUUAAGAUGAAACAAGCGUAACGGGAAACUGGUAAUUUGUCUUAAAUGAAAUAAAUUAAUAAAAUACUUAUGUAUAUGCAUGUAGAAUGUAAAUUAAAAAGUAAAAAAUCUUAACUAAAACACGAAAUGCAAGCGACGACGAACACUAUGCGACUUAUAACCGUAAAGCUGCUUGUAAUCAUUUGUAAUUAAUUAAAAGCAAGAAAUUAAAAUGAAAUAAAAAUUUCCGAAAUAAAAAAUACAAAACAGAA